GAACGCAUCGACAGCAGCCCGCUCAAAAUGUAAAAAAAUUGUUUUUAAAUUAAAAGUAAAUAAAUAAAUAAAUAAAGUAUUUUUUAUUGUAUCAUAAUGUUUGAGUUUCCUUUGGGAUACCGGGAAGUUGUUCCUGAUCAAACGCAACCUGAAAAAUGGAAAGAAAUCAUAUUAAAUACCGGUGGAAGUCAAAGUACUCUACAAGAUAUCAAAGUGCCGGAAAGAGCCAGUGGAUAUUCAUAUAAAGAUAAUUACAAAUAUUACACAAGGAAUCGGUUUAUUUAUUGGAGAAUUUCUCAUGAUGUUUUGGAGUUAGUUGAGCAUAGCUUUGAUAUAAACCUAGUUAAUUGCAGAGUUAGAUAUAAAUUUACUGAUACUCCAAUAUUAGAUGGGAUAUCUAUUCAUGAGACUGUUAAUUCAGUUAUUAUUCUUGUAGCUACAGUCUCGAGUAUUCAUAAAUUGACAUUUCCUCAUCCAGACAAAAUUCACAAGCAGGAACAUUUGCUUGGAGCGCAUCCAGAUCUUGCCAUUCAAUCAAUAUUAAGUGAAGCAUCAGCACAAAUAGCUCGUGAUCCUCAUUCUUUCCAUUUAAUUUCAAAUGUUGGAACAACAAACGUUAUCGUACCUCAUGCAGCAGCAUCAUGGCUUACUCUUCCACAGGAAGAAGCUCUUUUUGCCCUAGCUUACAAUACAGGUAGCAUUUUAUUACUGAGAUUAGAUACUAUGACUGGUUUAGUUCAUACAAGUGAAUUGAAACAAGACUCAAUCAUGCCAAGAUUCUUAAGUGGAAUAGCUACAGCAUUUAGAGGAAAAAAUUCCGAGAGUUUAGUAGCGAUGUCUCUUGUUAUUCAUACAUGGGGCAAUGAUACGUAUUUAUUUGCCCUUUGCCGUGAUGGAAAUGUGAGAAUGUGGUCGUGUAAUAAAGCACAAUGUAUUGCAGUAGCAGAUAUUGCAAUUGAUAAUCGUCUAGCAGCACAAGGUGUACACGGUCAUAUGUUAAGAAAAGUUCUUGGAUCAAUAGACAAUGAGCUAUAUCUUGGAACAUAUCUCAAAUUUUCAACAGGUUGUGAAUUUAGUAUUUUAAAACCUGUUCAAGAUGCAGGAUUAUUCAAAUUUAUCAGAAUAUGCACCCUCUUUGCGCCAGAUCAACACUUGGUUGACUUCGCUUUUACUCCAACUCGUCUUUGGGCUGUAUGGAGGACUACAGAUAUGGACACAGUUGCUGUAUCACAUGCUCAAUUACCUUUAAGUGGUGCUCAAGUAAAUUCUGAAUGGGAGACAGCGAUUUUAGAAGAGCCUCCAGAUCGAGAUUAUAUUGUAAGUGAUCCUGGAAUAGAUCCGAGACAGGCUUACAUUAAUUACAUCUUCCAUCCUGGACAAUUCUCCCUUGCUGACAUUACAAGAGCUUUAAGUAUUUACAGAAGAUCAAAUUUAAUCGCUGACAUCACACUUUCUCCUGCUAUCCUUAAAGAACGAGUUUGUAUGGCUGUAGAAGCUGAAAUCCAAGCUGAAGUAAUGGAUUAUGAGCUGAUGGAUGAAGACUAUUUGGAAAUAGCUAAUAGAUGCUGGUCUAAAUUUUAUUCCUGUGUUGUGCAGUACCAUAUUAAUGGCAGUAGACCUGUUGGAUUGCUUCUUCUUCCAUGUGUUUAUGGCAUCGUGCUUCUAAAAAAAUCAUUUUUUUCUCUUCUUCGUCCAAUGGAGUCAUUAGAACACCUGAUGCUAUCUAAUGAAAAAUGUUACGCUUCCAAAUUCAAGACAACUCCAGUGCUCUCUCAAGAUGAGGACACGUGUCAGGAUUUGAUUACGUUAAUGUCUGCACUAGUAAUGCUUGAAGAUCAGCUAUCAGAAGAAGUUAAAAAUAGCUUUAAGAGAGAAUUAGCCCAACUAAAAGGUCCAGACAAUAUUGUAGAAGAUUUAUUUUCAAGACUUUUAGCGGAACCUGAAGAACUUUUAGUAGAUUUUGAUUUUCAAAUGGAGUUACAUCAUAAAUUAGAAAAUAUUAAGGAUGCUUCUAGUGCUAUGGCCAUGUUACUGGAAGCUCUAACGUAUGACUUGGGUCAACCUGAUAAAUUGAAGCUAGAUGCUGAACCAGAAGCUUCAAGAUUACUUUUAAAUAUCAAUCAUCUUUUCGGCAGCCAACUAGGAAAUUCUACGAUCUCAGAAAGUGUUUCACAAAUUACUCUUCUCAGAUUUUCUAUUUGUAGAAAUCUUUUAUUUCUCCAACAAAUUAUCUUAUCUCGACCUGAAGUUUUCGAUUCUAGAAUGCUUCAUGCCAUAAAAUCUUCAUUAGCACCAAGGACUGUAGUACUUACUCAAGCCUAUUUCGUUGUCAUGUGGAUUUGUAAAACAACUGCAAAUUCAAUUUCACCUCCAACUUUAUUAGAUACCAGCUUACAAAGACUUUCUUUACUAAAAUUAUCAGAAGGAAGAAUUACUGCAGCUCACAGACAUCAUCGAUCAAUUUCUCUGUUGGAAUUAUUUGUUCAAAGUGCUGGAGCGAAACAUGCUUAUAUUCUCAUGGCAAAUAACAUGGAAUUAGAUGGGGAUACUCUUAUUCCUUGGCAUUAUGGAAUGUUAACUCAUAUUACACUAAUCACUCAGCUGGUCUGGCCAAUUUCCGGUAAUUUUGUGUUUCCUGAGUGGCUUUUAUCUAGCUGUCAAUUUCUUUGUGUUCAAGAAUAUGUCAGGCUCUUAAGCACCUGGUGUGAAUGGAAUAGUGCAUCAAGAAAAUUCAUUUUGGCUGUAGCACUCCUUGAGAUGGGAGAGAUCAGGAAAGCUUGUGAUCAUUUUUUGCGGGCUUCUAGUGGUGUUUUAACUGAUACCUUUUUAGCAAGUACUCUUCUUGAUGCUCCAACGUCUUCCGAAAGCAAUGAUCUCGUUCAUUAUUACCUUAAAAUUAUUGAACUAUUUGAACAACAUGGUGCAUCAGAUUGCAUCAUUGAAUUAGCAGAAACUGCAAUCACAGUUGCUGAUAAAGAUAAUCCAAAUUUACCUACAUUACAUUCUAUUAUUUUUACUCAACAUCUACAUCUUGGACAUCAUAAGGAAGCUUAUCACUGCCUUAAUUCCAACCCUGAUCCUGAUAGAAGAUCUGAUUGUCUUCGGCAACUGGUAGUGACUCUGUUUGAAAGAAAAAAACUGGUGGAUCUGGUUUCUUUUCCUUAUAUUGAUAUGUACGAAGAUUUAGAAAGAAUUGUAAUUGGUCGAGCACGUAGUGUAGAUCUCAUGGAAAAUAAUUAUUAUAAUUUUCUAUACAGCUUUCACAUUAAUAAAGGAAAUAUUAGGAAAGCUGCCUCAGUAAUGUAUGAACAGGCGAUGAGACUCAGUCAAGAAUCACAUUCUGUGCCAAUAAUUACUCGUCAAUCACAAUGUCUUCUAGCAUGUAUCAAUGUUUUGAGCUUAGUUGAUGAUAAAUAUAAGUGGAUUGUAAGACCUGUUGUUGAUCAAACAUACCCUGAUGAAGUAAAUCCAAAAAAAAAACGAAGCAUCAGUGGUAAAGAAGUAUUACAUUACAAAGUAAAGAAACUUGUUGAAGUUCUAGAGUUGAAAGAUAUUAAAAAAGAAUAUUAUUUAGUCGAUGCUAGACUGAAAUUAUCUAAAUUUAAUUCCGAAAUGCAUACUAUUGCUCAAGCUAGUCCUUCUGAAUUGGUUGUGACUUUAUCAAGUGUUGGAUUAUAUACAACAGCUCUUCAUUUGUGUGAUAAAUUCCAUAUUAAUAAGAGUUCUGUGCUGGAGAAUUUAGCUUCACAAUGUGUAAGAUUAAGUGAACACGAAGAUCCAGACGCUUGGGAUUGGUUGGUUCACAAUGAUGUUUUUGAUAUCGCCGGAUAUGGAACUAAUGUCACUGAUAUUUCUUGGAAACUUUUGGAAAAGUUAACGUUAAUUCAUGAAAAGGACUGCAGUAGUGAGUUACAUAAGAGUGUUGCAAGAAAGCUUCUACAUCAUGGAGCUUUCCUCCCCCAAUGGUUAAUGACUUCCUAUAAGAAACGCAAUGCAGCAGAACUACUUCGACUUAUUUUAAAUUCUGGAAGAUUGCUUGAAGCAACAGACCUAGCAGUAGACUAUAUAAAUGCAGUUUUAGGAGAUGGAAAAGAAUAUUUUGGACUAACAACUCCGUUGCAUCCCUCUGGAUCGGCAGUAUGGUUACCACUUAAUACUCUGGAAGUUUUAUUACUAGAAUUAGAGAAUGCCAGUAUAGAAGAUCCUCUCUAUAUUGAGAGCUAUGAUCGAUUGAAGAAAAGAUUAGACUUAUAUGUUGAUACAGUUGUACGAGUCUCUAAUAAUAUGGUUCAAUACAAAGUUCAAUCCAACAUCAGCAACAUGCUGAAUGACUCAUAAUCAUUGAUCCACAUUUCGUCUACAAUCUUUGCGUCGUCUGAAAUUUAAUUAAAAAUUUUUUUAUUUAAUUAUUUAUUAUGUAACCAAUCCAUUUUGAUAAAAAAGAAAAAUCAUCGUUUAACGUUGGCUAAAAAGAAAGAGUUGAUAGAAUAUUGUUGUAAA